CCCGAGCCGUCAUGCCCUGGCUGAGCGGCGGCCGGCGGCGACGGCGGGGACAGCCGCCCGAGGCCCCGCGGGAGCCGCCGCCGCCCGCGCAGCCGCAGCGGGAGCCACCGCCGCCGGCGCCCCCGGCCGCAGCCCCCACGCCCCCAGCGCAGCCGCCGAGGGCCCGGGAGAGCGCCGAGCUGCCGCUGCCCUCUGGAUGGGAGGAGGCGCGCGACUACGACGGCCGCAUCUUCUACAUCGACCACAACACGCGCCAGACGUCGUGGAUCGACCCCCGCGACCGGAUAACAAAGCCAUUGACCUUUGCCGAUUGUGUUGGGGACGAACUUCCUUUAGGAUGGGAAACUGUGUAUGAUAAACAAAUUGGAAUUUAUUACAUGGACCACAUAAAUAAGCUUACCCAGAUUGAGGACCCCCGAGAGCAGUGGAGGCGAGAGCAGGAGCGCAUGUUGAAGGAAUAUUUAAUUGUAGCCCAGGAGGCUCUCAAUGCCAAGAAAGAAAUCUACCAGAUCAAGCAGCAGCGGUUCGAGCUGGCUCAGGAGGAAUACCAGCAGCUGCACAAAAUGUGUGAGGAUGACAGCCGCUCAUACGCCAGCUCAUUCUCUGGAUAUUCAACAAAUACAAAGUAUGACCCACACCAAAUUAAAGCAGAAAUAGCAAGUCGUCGGGAUAGGCUUUCCAGAUUAAAGCGAGAGCUGACCCAGAUGAAGCAGGAACUGCAGUACAAAGAAAAGGGGGUGGAGACCCUGCAAGAGAUCGAUCGGAAGAUGUCAAGUGCUCACACCACCUACAAACUGGAUGAGGCCCAGGCUAUCAUGACUGAGCUCCGGACCAUCAAGAAAGCCAUUUGUACAGGCGAGAAGGAGAGGCGGGACCUGAUGCAGAGCCUGGUCAAGCUGACCGAUGGCUUCAAGAACAGCUGCUCCAUCACCGACUCGCUACAAGAUUUCCCACACGAUCCAGGUGCGCUGGGCCAUUCUGGUUUCCCUCCGCAGUUCUGCGAUGCUGGCUCUCAGACCGAGUUUGUCUUCGAUGAUAAAACAAGGCUCGUAGACCGAGUCAGACUUAAUUGGCAGUAUGAGGAAGCCAGAAAGAGAGUUUCGAACAUCCAGCAGCAGCUGGCCCAGCUCGAAAACGAGUCCUGGCCCGGCAUGGCCGAGGCCGACCGGGACCGGCUGCAGCUCAUCAAGGAGAAGGAGGCCCUGCUGCAGGAGCUGCAGCUCAUCGUCCAGCAGCGGCGGCCGGCGGAGGACGUGGCGCGGCUGGAGCAGGAGCGCAGGCGGCUGGAGGAGGAGCUGCAGCGGGCGCGGGCCACCUCCGCGCAGGGCGCCACCGAGAGGAUUCUACUUCAGGAAAAAAGAAAUUGUCUGCUUAUGCAGCUAGAAGAGGCCACCCGCUUAACAUCCUAUCUCCAGUCCCAGUUAAAAAGCCUGUCCGCCAGCACCCUGACCGUGUCCUCGGGGAGCAGCCGUGGGUCCCUGGCCUCCAGCCGAGGCUCGCUCGCCUCCAGCCGCGGGUCGCUCAGCUCCGUCAGCUUCACCGACAUCUACGGCCUCCCGCAGUACGAGAAGGCCGACGCCGAGUGCGGCCAGCUCCUGCGCUUCGACCUCGUCCCCUUCGACUGCCUGGGACGGGAUGCCCCCUCCUCCGACCCCCCGGGCCACCCGGGCUUCCACAGGCAGAGGCGGUCCCUGGACACGCCCCAGUCCCUGGCGUCGCUGUCCUCCCGCUCCUCCCUAUCCUCUCUGUCGCCCCCGAGCUCGCCCUUGGACACGCCCUUCCUCCCGGCCUCGCGGGACUCGCCUCUGGCACAGCUGGCGGAUGGUUUUGAGGUGCCAGGCCUGGGUGCCCUGGACAGACUGCGGGCUCAGGCCUCCGCUUUGGGGGAUGAAGAUUCGCAGGCCACCGUGUCCCUUCAGCCACACGGAUUCCCUGGGGACGGGGAAGGACUGCACGAGCGAGGACCCCAAUUGGCCGGGGCUCCCAUGGGUGGAACAGUGACUCUGCGAGAAGACAGUGCCAAGAGGCUGGAGAGGAGAGCCCGCCGCGUCUCCGCGUGCCUGUCGGAUUACUCGCUGGCCAGCGACAGCGGGGUGUUUGAACCCCUAACCAAGAGGAGUGAAGAUGCCGAGGAGUGCGCCUGCGGAGACGCGUGCGGGAACGAAGACCCCCAGAUCCACGUGGGCGUCCUGCACGACGGCGCCAGCGAGUGUCUCCUUGUGCACGUGCUGCAGCUGAAGAGCCCCGCGGGGCUGGCGGUGAAGGAGGACUGCAAAGUCCACAUCCGUGUCUACCUGCCCCCGCUGGACUCGGGCACGCCCAACACCUACUGCUCCAAAGCUCUGGAAUUCCAGGCGCCACUGGUGUUCAACGAAGUUUUCAGAAUCCCCGUGCAUUCCAGCAUGCUGACGCUGAAGUCUCUUCAGUUAUACGUGUGCUCCGUGAACCUGCAGCUGCAGGAAGAGCUGCUGGGCAUUGCUCAGAUUAACUUGGCCGACUACGACAGUUCCAGCGACAUGCAGCUGCGCUGGCACCCCGUCCAGGUCUUUACCAGCCCCGAGCCGCCGAGGACCAGGGAGAGCGGGUGUGCGGGGGACAGUGUGGCAGGGGACCCUGACUCCAGCAAGACGGACGAGGUGGCGGCGCUGCUGGCCAGAACCACGGCGCAGCUGCAGGCGGUGGAGAGAGAGCUGGCCGAGGAGCAGGUGAAGCUGGGGCGCACCGAGGAGGAGACCCUGGAGAUGGCGCGGAAGGAAGAGCAGGGCGAGGCUGUGUCCAAGCGGAGCUGGCAGGCCGACUCGGUGGAUAGUGGCUGCAGCAACUGCACCCAGACCAGCCCCCCGUACCCAGAGCCCUGUUGUGUUGGCGUCGAUGCCAUCCAGGGACACGCAUUUGCUGGCCAGGCAGAGCCUUACAGCCCUGAGCAACUUCAGCCCCUGCCUCUUAAGGUUGACAAGGAAACCAACACAGAAGAUCUCUUCCCAGAAGCAGCAGCCAGUCUCCUGCAGGAGCGGCCCAGCCGCCGGGCCCGGGGGGCCCCUUUUGUUCGGAGUAGCACGAUCGUCCGAUCUCAGACCUUCUCGCCUGGAGCACGAAGCCAGUAUGUUUGCAGACUCUAUCGUAGUGACAGUGACAGUUCGACGCUGCCCCGGAAGACCCCCUUUGUCCGAAAUACUUUGGAAAGACGAACCCUUCGCUACAAGCAGUCCUGCAGGUCCUCCCUGGCCGAGCUGGUGGCCCGCACGUCCCUGGACCUGGAGCUGGAUCUCCAGGCGUCGAGAACGAGGCAGAGGCAGCUGAACGAGGAGCUCUGCGCCCUUCGCGAGCUGAGGCAGCGGCUGGAGGACGCCCAGCUGCGAGGCCAGACUGACCUCCCGCACUGCGUGCUGCGGGACGAGCGCUUCCGCAGCCUGCUGAAGGAGGCCGAGAGGCAGACACGGCAGACCAAACUCGACUACCAUCAGGAGCAGGCAGCGGAGAAGAUGUUGAAGAAGGCCUCUAAGGAGAUCUACCAGCUGCGGGGACAGAACAACAAAGAGCCCAUCCCGGUGCAGACUUUCAGGGAGAAGAUAGCAUUUUUUACACGACCAAGGAUUAACAUACCUCCUCUCCCAGCUGAUGAUGUUUGAUGUAGUGCAUUGUGCACAUGAAGUAUUUAUCUGCCUGUUUAUUUUCAUGAAGUUCUUAGACUAGCUAAAUUUGUCUUUAAAAUAUUUGUGCAAAGCUAUUAAUAUACACAUUUUGUAAAAAAAAAAAAGAAAACCACAUAUAUCUAUACAUAUAUAUUUUAUAAUAGUGACGGCAACAAGGCUUGGUUUUUCCUUGUUGUGAAAUCGACAUCUCUGAAGACAGGUUAUUUUAUAAAAGAUCAACUAUCAUGUUAAGAAUGUACAGUUUUUAUGCUGUUUUAUUUGACUUAAAGGCUGGAAGACAGAAACGAAGUGAGUUCAGGCAAAUUCACUGUAUUGUAAUUUAUUUAUAGUACUUUUUUUCCUUGAAGGAAAAUACUGACUUUAAGAUGUAUUUUAAGGCUGAAAUUUUGUUCUUCAGUAUUUGUCAUGCAGUAGAAUGGAGCUUGGGGCCAGUUUUGUUUUUGACACCUGAAAUGCAAACACUAUGUGCUAAAUUUGUCACUUGUAUCAGUUUCUCAUAUGUGCAUUUACCACGUAUAUUGUACACGUUCACUUUCUUCGUGUUAUGUCAAAAUGUCACCUGCAGCAGUUCGAUCGUAGUUCACGAGCAUGUGUGCGUUGCAGAGGCCAGUCUCCCUUGUGGACUGCGCACCGACCGCUCCUCAUUUCUGUGUUGUCUUCUGAUGCAUCUUUCUGUGCCCCCCGUGGGUCUGAAGCAGGCAACAGAGCCUGCACGUCCCAGGCUUCAGCCUGCCUGUCCACGGUGGCUGUCCACACUGCCCGUUCUCUGACCAGCGCAGCCUGCUUCCCACCCGCCCCGUCUGAUGGCAACAGACUAGGAGGGUGGUGGGGAACUCCUGCCAUGCCACUCAUGAAGGAAAGUGAAAAGGGAACUGGGAAUGCCCGUUUUCAGUGACUCUGUGGGUGAACAUAGCAGUUACAACAUAGACACGAUCGCCUUUGAAGAGGGAGGGAAGGACGUGGGUAACUGGAGUUACCUGGUGAGCAGUUGCAAGGGAGUAUUUGAUUUAAAUGAGAACGCUCCUGUGCUGCAGUCUACCCAAUGUUCCUCAAGAAAUCUAAGAACUAGCUCAUGAGGAGAAAAAACCUUUUAAUGUAAUAAAAAUAUGCCAUUCUUUUAAAUGCCAAAUGAUAUAAAUAUUUUGCCGAAUACAUAUUUAUUAUCCAUGAAAUGCACUCUGCUUUAUGACACCUCCCAUGAGUGAACGUGGUGGGUCACAGGAAAUGUCAAAGAAAACAGAACUCUCUUCCUGGGCCUUUCCUCCCUUGGAAAUGUCCCUUUUAAUCAGGUUUUUCCUCUCUCCCAUCAGUCUAUAACCUCCCCUUGUAUAACCCACUUUCCUUUUUACAUUUAUUAAAAAUGAAUUUUGUAAAAGCAUUUCAUUGACACAUGACCUAUCACAGACAAUGGAAUUUGUCAGUGGUGGUAAGACUGAAAACUUUAUGCUUUUCACAGAUGCUGUCUCUUGCUAUGUAUUUCUGCCUCUGGUCUCGCUUUUUUUUUUUUUUUGCCAAUUCCUUAUUGUAUGUGCCCACCACAGAAGUAGAGAGACAGCCUCAAAGUGCCCAUGGGUUCUUACACGCUGUGGAGCAGCAGGCCCUCUGUCUAGGCCCCCAGCUGUUGAAACUUUCAUCUCCAGCAAAGAACCCUUUCUCGCUGCACCCCAGGGUGUGCGGGGGGGACAGAUUGUUUCUGCCUCAGGCAGGGCUACUGGGCGUGGGGCGAGCCCCUGGACGCCGAGCCUGUGCCGCAGGCGACUCUCUAAGCUGGCUGGGGUCUUAAGGCACCUUUUCCGCCAAGCUCCUUCAAGUAGCAACGUGAGGAAAACCCACUGUGCCAGUACAGAAAGCCGCACACAAGUGUUUUCAAAUCAGUUUCACUGCCCAGUUGAUGCAGAUUUCUGUUUGGAGUGCCCCCCUCCCUGUCCCACUAAAGUUUUUCUAGAAGAAUCCCACCGCUGCCCCGCAAGAAGCAAAGGCAGCCCGAGAGCAUCGUGCUUGCCACCUUUCCCCUUUGCCUCUCCUGGCCCUGCCCGUGUCUGCUCUGCAGCUGAGCACAGGCCUGGGAGGGAAAAGCAUCGCACUGUCAACGGUGGAGCGCGGCGGCGCACCCGCAGUGCUUCCCGUUCCUGACGCUUCUGCAGCUUCUGCAGCUUCUGCCUAGUUAAGACUGCCGCUCCCCCCCCACCCCCGCAAAAUGUCCCACACGCCAGAAAAGGGAAGUCCUAUGGGCUUCAGGGGUGUUUUCAUCUGAGGUUUAAAUUUGGCCAUCUAGUGGGCCUUGUAAUGAAAAUUCUGCCAGGUUCUACAGCGGUUCUGGUCCAGAAACCAUCAGAAUUCUGCCCCCAGGGUUCUUCAGAAACAGUACUGCAUGUAAAAGACAAUUUGGCUUUCACUUCACCGAGUCACUGAAUUGUCAGGCUUUGGUUGAUAAUCGCUGAAAUAAGUAACCUUCUGUUGUGGGAAUAAGUUAUAAUCAGUAUUCAUCUCUUUGUUUUUGUCACUGUUCUCUCUAAUUGUGUCAUUUGUAUUGUUUGAAAGUAUUUCUUCUAUAAAAUUAAACUAACUUGCCUUAA